CGGUUUUUAAAAAGCAUCAAGAAUAUAACCAAGGCAACUGAUGAAUCAGAUAAUCAUGAAAUUUUAGAAAUUGUUCGUGGUAAAUUAAUUCAAUCUGCAGGAAUAUGGUUCGACAAUAAUGAAGCUAAUUUUAAAAAAUGGUCAGAUUUCGAAAUUGCAUUUCGAAAUCGAUAUUUUUCUUCAACAUCAACUCAUAAGAAAUUUGAUACAUUAAAACAACGUAAACAAUUACCGGAUGAACCGAUUACGUCUUAUUUCGAUGACAUUAUUAAUUUAUGCCGGGAAAUUGAUUCAACUAUGUCAGAAAAAAUUAUAAUUCAACAUUUAAUGAGUGGAAUCAAUCCUGAUUUUAGGAAGGAAUUAUCAAGACGUGAAUCAUCUAUUCAUACAUUAAAUGAAUUUUUAAAAUAUGCAAAAAUUGAACAAGAUUUACAAGAUACAUUUGAUAAUCUAUUACUUGAUUCACAACAACGUCAUCUUAAUUAUAAUCACUCAUCAAUUCCAUCAUUAACUACUACCGUUAAUCAACCAAAACAAUAUUAUAAUAAAAUGAAGCACAACAAUUAUGUUUCACAUUCAGCACAAUCGCAGAGCUCCGUUUUUCAGCGGAACUCGAUUCCAACACUUGGAAAUCGAACAUCCAUGGUACCUGAUGGAAAACAAAUUCGGAAUUAUCCACCACAAUCGAUAUUAAAAAAGAAACCUAUUAAUAAUCGACCAACAUCACAACAUCAAUUCAACAACUGUAAAAUUCGUGUUAAUGAUCAACCAACGGAAGCAAUUGUUGAUACUGGAUCCGCCAUCUCAAUUAUUCAUUCAAAUUUUCUUAAAACUAUUCAUCAUAAAAAUUUUAUUUAUAACAAUUACACAUGUCAAACAGCUAAUUCAACACCGCUUAAUAUUAUCGGUCAAAUUAAAUUAGAAUUAAAACUUAAAUCAAAAACAACAUACGUCAUUGCCUACGUUGCAACAAAUUUAAUUACAUCUUUAUUAUUAGGUAAUGACUGGAUUAAUUCAAACCAUGUUCACCUAUUUGGUGAUAAACAACAACUAACUAUUCCUGAUCAACAUAAUCGAUUAAUAUCGAUUCCAUACGUAGAACCUACAUUUAUUAAUUAUCCAGCAUUAUUAAUUGAUCAAAUUACCCUUCCACCAUACUCACAAAUAUUAGUUGAUAUUUCAUGUGAAAUUAAUAAUGAUAAUAAUUUGAUAUUUGAACCAUAUUCAAACUAUGGCUCAAAAUUUAUUUUUACACCACAUACAUUAUUAAAUAUCAACAAUCAUAAAGCUAAAAUAUUACUAAUCAAUGCUCAAAAUCAGCAAACAAUAUUACCAAGAAAUACACGAAUCGGAACUCUUUCUCGUCCAUCAACUCACACAAUAUGUUUUAGUACAUCAAGUCCAACAAAACAAAAUUUAUCUUUCAAUAAAUAUAAUCAAUCCACAUCCAGAAUUUCAACCAAAUUAAAAUCCAGAGCUGUCUUACGUAAAAGGGACAACUCGAAUCAAGAAAAAGUAAAAAUUAUUUGUCAUCAUUGCAAUGAACAUUUUUUAUCUGGUAAUGAUUUACAAAAACAUCUACGAGCAGAAUGUUAUUCCGAACAGAUUCGAAAACAAAUAUUCGAAUCGACUAAACAUAUAGAAAAUCCAAAACAUCGAUUAGCAAUUCAAGAUAUUUUAUGGCGAAAUAAAAUAUUAUUUGAUCCUACACCAUCAAUUAUUAAUAUUCCUCCGCAAUCAGCAAUUAAAACUGGUGAUCAUCCUCCUAUUUAUUCGAAACAAUAUCCCGCCUCAUACAAAG